AUGUAAUCCUGGUAAACUUGUGCAUUAUCUGGUGAAUUAAUAGAAACCCCAGUAAUAUCCAAAGUGAGUGGACAUAUCUACGAAAAAAGAUUGAUUGAAAAACAUAUUGAAAGCACAGGCACAUGUCCAAUAACAGGAAGACCUUUGAAUUUUGAUGAUCUGAUAGAGGUGAAAGUGGCCAAAGUGUAAAAACCCAGACCAGUGACUGCUACCUCAAUACCUUCAUUGCUUUCCCUUUUACAAAACGAAUGGGAUGCUUUGUUGUUGGAACAAUUCUAAUUGAAAUAGCAUUUGGAAUAAGUAAGACACGAAUUAACACAUGCCUUAUAUUAACAUGAUGCUGCAUGUCGUGUGAUAGCAAAGCUAAUAAAAGAGAGAGAUCAAGCAAGAAUAGAAUUAGCGCAAUUACAAAAUAAAUUAAAUCAUAAAGUAGAAGUAGAAACCAAUGAUGUUACUGAAAAGUUAUCAGCAAAUUAUGUGACUGAUAUAGAAUAAACCGCGUUAAAAUUAACAAGCCAAAGAAAAUUAUUAAGAAAGCAAUAAUCAUAUUUUGAAUAGUUUCCUAGUCCUUAGAUUUUGUCAAAUUAUGAGAUCAAGUAAUAACACACUUAAACUUAAGGUGGCACUUCAUUAGAUAUCUAAGCAAAUUAUGUGAUAGUAGGAGGAUAAGCAGGUUUAGUUUCACUGUAUCGUUCCGAAACAUUGUUGUAUAAGAAUCAAUAAAGCAAUCAGCGAAUAAAUACAAUUAAAUUUUUUACAACUGAUGAACAUUUAAGAUUUGUUUCAUCAACUUCAGAUGGAGACUUGGUCAUUUAUUAAUUUAACACCGAAACUAAUGAGGGAGUAGUAACCUAAACAGUGAAAGUAGGACAGAAUAUCACUGGAUUAGCUAUUCAUCCUCUUGGCUACAUUGCUAUUAUUGUGACAUCUGGAGGUCUUUUGUUGUUAUAUGAUUUAAGAUCUGGUUAAUAAAUUAGUAGAGUAACUGAUUUUGAAGGAUAAUGUUAAUUUACAUCUGUUGGUAUACAUCCAGAUGGGUUGUUAUUAGCAAUUGGAUAAGAAAAUUCAUAGAUUAAAAUUUGGAAGAUUACAUCUGGCUAAUUGGUUGCUUAAUUUGAAGGAUAAGAAGGAUCUAUAAGUUAGGUUGCAUUUUCUGAGAAUGGAGUUAAUUUGGCAUCAGUAUCAUCAACUGAAGUGUUUUAAUGGGACUUAAGAAAUCCGGGUUAAUUCUAAAAGUUGUUUCAAUCAUAAAACAUAAGCAGUAUUUCUUAUGAUACAUCAGGAGCUUACUUGGCUGUAGGUGAAAAUAAAAAUAUACACUUGUUUGACAUCAAAAAGUAAUAAGAAUUCUUCAAAUUCGAAAGUCAUAGAGAUGUUGUAACUGCGAUAAAAUUUGCCGAAUUUAAUAAAAAUAUAUACAGUUGUAGUUUUGAUAAACAAGUAAACAUCUAUGGUAAUUGA